CUCGACCACCCGGUCCAUGAUGACUGUCAUGUGAUAUACGUUGUCCUCUAAAUUCCUCUUUGCCGAUCAGCCUGGAUAGUCGGUCACGUCUCUCUUACGCACUGUAGAAUGGGCGUUGAGGUGUGGUUGUUACUGGUGGUGGGCGUGUUGGGGGUGUGGGCGUACUCGAGGUGGCGUCACAGCUACUGGUCAGCCCGUGGUGUGCCUACUGCCCCGUACCUACCAGUCAUCGGUCACCUACACAAACUGUAUUCACUGCUCGUCUCCCGCUGGAUCUAUAAUGACGAGGUUUACUACAAGCAUGGUGGAGCAACUUUCUGUGGAUUAUAUGAAUUUUUUAAUCCUGUCCUGCUGGUCGGUGACCCAGAUAUUAUCAAACACAUCUUGAUUAAGGACUUUGACCACUUCGUUAACAGUCGGUCGUUCCGUGUGGACAACGACAGCUUACAGAAUGACAUGCUGUUUAACAUGGAAGGGGAAGAAUGGAAAGCACUACGUAAUGUGAUGAGCCCCACAUUUACUUCAGGCAAGAUGCGGAGGAUGUUCCCUCUCGUCUACCAUAAGGCUGAUGCUCUCGUUUCCUUCUCUCUCAAAGAAGCCACUAAGAAACCUCAUGUUGACAUGAAGUACAACUUUGGACGGUACACUAUGGACACAAUAGGUUCUUGUGCUUUUGGUAUUGAAUGUAAUUCCCUUGAAAACGAAAAUUCAGAAUUUACUCUGCAAGCAGAUUCCUUUUUUAAAUUUACAUUUACAAUGUUUCUAAAGUUCAUGCUUCUGCUAAUUUCUCCAAAGCUAAUUUCUUUACUUGGACUUUCACUGGACCUGCCUGCCAUGAAAUUCUUGGAAAGGGUAGUGUUGGAAACCAAGGCGGCCAGGGAGGUGGGACAAAAACGCGGGGACUUCUUAGACCUACUGCUGGAAUCCAGAGCUGCUGAAAACCCCAAUAUCAACGACAGUGACCACACAACCCAGGACGACGACCACACCAUGCACAACCACCUUACCACCUCCAACCAGCCCACCAUCACCUCGAAACAAGUGUUGAAGGACAGAGUCAUCGUGGCUCAAUGCGUCCUCUUCUUGGUAGCUGGCUACGACACUACGGCCUCUACCCUGGCCUUCUCCGCCUUUCUACUGGCCAAGAAUCCUGUGCAGCAGCAGCGUCUCCGCCAGGAGCUGCAAAAGAUGGUUGAAGAACAUGGUGACGUAACGUACCAGGGCAUAAUGGAGGCUAAGUUUCUUGAAGCCUGUAUUAUGGAAACGUUGAGGAUGUAUCCACCAGCACCACUGAUUGAGCGGCGGUGUACCAAGACCUACCAGUUGCCUGGGACAGAGAUAACCUUACAUCCUGAAGACCUGGUGUCGGUACCGGUGCGGAGCCUUCACUAUGACUCCCGCUACUGGCACGAUCCUGAAGAGUUCAUACCAGACCGCUUCCUCCCUGAGAACAAGGGCUCCAUCACCAGCUGCACCCACCUCCCCUUCGGUUCAGGCCCAAGGAACUGUGUAGCAAUGAGGUUUGCUUUGAUGGAGGCGAAAGUGGUGCUGGCCAAGCUGUUGCUGGCAGCGGAGAUCCAUCUACCUGAAGGCCACAAAGAACUGGUGCUCGAGACGUCCCCCUUCCUCAUAAGACCAAAGAAAUGUGUUAACCUUAUACUGACCCCCCUUACAAAUAAUAACUGACCAGCUCAGGACUCUCAUCGACUCACACCCCAAGGCACGUAGUCAUUUUUGUGUCCAAGUUUCAGCUUCCUAGCCCAAGAAGUCAAACAACUGGAGCAACCAUCGAGUAUCCCGCUUUCGGAACUCAUAUUCUCGGGAACUUUGCGGUGUAGGUAUCUGAAGUCACCAAUAAACAGAGAAAACAAUUAUGACGUCCCUAUUGACAGGUAUUUGGAACAAACUGAGGGGACGAGCCUAAAUUUUUCUCCUUAAAAAUUAAUGUACAUUAUGAAGAGACGCAUUUGGACUUUGAGCUUCUCUGGGACAGAACUUCUGGGGAUCUUAGGGUGUAGCCACACUAACGUACAUUUUGCCCCAAAACAUGCGAUCGACAAGAAGAAACGAAGCACAGGGUACCGACUCUGUGCUCCGUUUCUUCUUGGCGAUCACAUGCUACACUUAGUGUGGACACACCCUUAGACAGAAGAUCUUACAGCCUUCGGCUAGGCUAGCGGACUGCCCAUCUCUGGGCCCUGCUGGGGACUUAUCAAAUGCCUGAUGACUUAUGAUAAAAUGUUUGUAUUCUUGUGUUCACUUAAUUUCAAUGAUAAUGUGUAAAGUACCAUGGCAGUAGUGUGAAUAAUUUCUCUCCUUAUAAACAACUAAAAAAUACUAUAUAAAAUUUAUGCUUAGAUUGAGAAAGGAAUGAGAAAAGAUUGUAAAAAAUUUACUUAAAACUGAGAAUAUAUUAAUCAACAGAGAAUCUUGAUUAUCUGAGAAUUAAACUUCUCCAUUAUAUGCCACUGACUUUAAAAUGAUUUUAAUUCGGUAAUGAUUUUGAUUCUGUUUCUACGUGCAGUGGAGGAGUGGCUGCAGUAUAUUAACUUGUUUUUAUAUGAGCAUGCUUUAUAACCUUGUUCCCUAAACCUAUUCCCCCCCCCCCUACUUUUGAG